UAUAUAUGUGCAUACCAAGAUCUUGUGGUAUGUAGUCUAAUACAUACCGAAUGUGAUUUCUAAUCCUUGUUCAUAAAGUGGUAAAUCAACUUAAAAUAAAUAUUUAACUCAUUGAGAAUUAUGAAUAAAACCCAAUACAUUUUCUUUCGGAGUAGUUCUUUCUUUGGAAAACGAUUGCAUUUAUUUAUUAAUUAUUUCUUAAUACAAAGGAUUUCCAAGAUUAAAUAAAAUUGUUAAAAAUCACCUGAAAUAUUUAUUUGAAAAAAAGUUUUGGCAACACUAACGUCAACGAACCGCUUUGAUUAUAAGGGAGGGGUCGGGUGUAUUUAACAGCUCAGCAGGUUGAGAACCGACCGAAUGGUAGCCUGUGUACACCCUCAUCUAGGCUUCCCAACAUCAUCUGUGUAGUCGUAUAUAGUCCCAGAAAUAAUUCUGUUCUUUUAUUAAAUAUUUCGGCAGAAAAUAUCUGUGAACUUUAUUCAAGUGACAGCAGUGUGUCGUACAUCAAAACUAUAAAAAGAACAUAAAUAGCAUACUUACAAUGGAUGUAGGAGAAAUAAUUGAAACAGCUGAUGGACCUCCACAAACAAUAAGUUCAGAAUUAAUUGAAAAUUCUGCAGAAUCAACAACCAAUAUUGGGGCCAGUUCUGGACAAAUCGGGGAAAUUGAAAGUACUUCUGGCUUAACUAUACCAUUAAAUAAUAGCAAAACACUAAAACGUUGUUUGAGCGUGCCAAUUUUGCGCGCUGGUCCUUCAUUUACAUCUAUGACUACUCGUGCAGCUGCAGCAGCUAUGGCGAUGAGAAAUGUUGGAAAUACAGCGAAUUCUGUAGGUGGAAAUACCCCAAAAGAGGCACUAUCAACACCUAUAAAACAUCAAGCGUUUAACAAACGUGACGCGGUUGGCGACGCAUCAACUGUAAAUAACUUUGGUCACAAUAUCCAUAUUGGAAUACCACGUUCAAAUCCUUCCUCUAGAGAAGUUUCACCGGCGCCAGUGUUUAAUAUAUUUGCACCCCGAGCCCGUCGUUACUCGGCCAGUUACACUCCUCAUGGAGCAGCUAGCGCUGGAGGCAACUCCACUGCAGUAAGUGGUUUGCCACUUUGUCUCACACCACGUGUCUCCCAGUUGAGACAAGAGGAAUGCGUGGACAUGUUAAAUACUCGCGAAGCAAAUCAUGAACGUGAAUUACAUAGUGCCAUGCAAAUGUCCCAAAGUUGGGAAGACUUGACUUUGGUUGCUGAAAAUUGGUCUUGUAAAUCAGAGGACUUAAGUAAUCCACUACAAGUUUCCUUGCCAUCUGGUGUUACAAGUUGUUCGAGUCCAAGUCCAACAAAUAAUCGUGCCGGGAUGAGGCUACCAUACGGUUUGUCACCAUCACCAACACGACGCACUUUUGCUACUAGACGAUCAAUGUCACCAAUCGCUAUGCGGCCAUCACAAUUAGGACCCGUUAAACGCAAAUUUGAGUUGGAUGAAGGUGGUACUGGAAGCAAUUGGAAUAUAUAUUCUCAACCACCAUUGAAGAAAAUAUUUACAGAGAGUCGAGGCUCUUCACCAGUUUGUCAAUCACCAUCCUCAAUAUGCCCCAGCCCGGAUUCUGGUACAUACGAUGGUCGAAUAACACCAAAGCUAUUCAUAUCCAAGUUAUGCACCAAUAAUACAAAUAACAACUCAGCUUGUUCAUCUCCAAGUAGCAGUGUAAGUGGCGGAAUCGGAGACUCAACAAUUACCUCAGGUAUAUGCUCCUCUGGCUCUUCAACGGCUUCCUCCAUAUCUGGUGGCAGCGAGCCAAUGUGCAUUGGAAGUGGGGGAAUAGAUGAAGGCAUUUCAGUGACAGAAAAUAACGAAAAACUUGGAAAUAACAGAAUUUCAAAUACAGGCAGUGAAGUUCAAGCAAUGACCACUGACAUACAGGAUGAUGCUACCUUAUUGGAUGACAUGAAGAGUGAGACAUCGUCAAUCGGUGGGUGCUCCAGCAUCAGCAUCGAGUCCUCUUCCUGCGACAGCGCCUCCAAGGCAGCUGCAAGCUUCCUUAAUAGACUGAACGUUGAUGACAUUAGCACGAGUCCGCUGGCAGUACAAAAAAGCUUUUACAUCAACAAACAGGGUUUAACCGGUAAUAAGAAGUUCAUUGUUAGCAGUAUAAGCAGCGAACCAACCGAAAGUAUUAACGUAACUAGCAGCAACGUUAACGCCUCUACUCUAACUGUAAGUGCAUCGGACUUUAUCUCUUCAUCAUGCACAAAUGGUUCGUAAAUAAGUGAGAGAUGGUCCGUUUUCACAAUAAAUUAAGUUUAUAAUUAAUCGAGGAGAAUUGCUGUUCUGUUUUUUGUUUUCUCAAUGUUUUUUUUUUAUUUUGCCUUGAUAUUACAAAACUAGUUGGCAUUAAAGUACUAGGAAUUUAGAAAAAAGUUUGGUUUUAAGUUGAUAUAAAUAUAGAAUACCGCCAUCAUUUAUUGUUAUCAACUCAUUUUUGUAGAGUUUAGUUGUCUUUUUUAAUUCAUGUCAUAGUCCACUUACUCCAAUUUUUGUCUAUAAAUCAGACUGAGUAUUUGGCAGUCGUUUCAUUUCAUUUUCAUUUAGUAAUUACUGUUAUUUAAGUCUGUAAUGUAUGUAUGUAUAUAAAUUAGAAUAAUUUAUGUAUACAAAAGGUGAAUUUCACUUAAUGAUAUGAAGAAAAUUGUUUCUUUUUUGUUUGGUAUAUUUGAUAUCUGAUUUAUGAAAUAUAUUUAUUAACUUGCGUGACACUUUAAUUAUCUGUACAUGAUUGUUUUCUAAAAUAAAUUGAGUCUAUCGGA